GGUAAGCUUGAAGUCAUGGCCGGAAAACCGAAACUUUACUACUUUGAUGGAAGAGGCAAGAUGGAGUCAAUUCGCUGGUUGUUGGCUGCAGCUGGGGUCGAGUUUGAAGAAGAGUUUUUGGAAACCCGAGAGCAGUAUGAGAAGCUCCUGCAAGGUGGAUCCCUGCUGUUUCAGCAAGUGCCAAUGGUGGAGAUUGAUGGGAUGAAGAUGGUGCAGACUAGAGCCAUCCUCAACUACAUAGCAGCAAAGUACAACCUCUACGGGAAGGACCUGAAGGAGAGAGCCCUGAUUGAUAUGUAUGUUGGAGGAACCGAUGACCUUAUGGGCUUAAUGUUGAUGUUCCCAUUCUUAUCAGCUGAGGAUAAAGAGAAACAACGUGCUGUUAUAGUUCAAAAGGCGACAACCAGAUAUUUCCCAGCAUAUGAAAAGGUUUUGAAAGACCAUGGGCAGAACUUUCUUGUUGGCAACAAUUUUAGCUGGGCAGAUGUUCAUCUUCUUGAAGCCAUUUUAAUGGUAGAAGAGAAGAAGUCGGAUGUGCUCUCAGGCUUUCCUCGGUUACAGGCGUUUAAAGCAAGGAUAAGCAGCAUGCCCACCAUCAAGAAAUUUCUAGAGCCAGGAAGCCAGAGAAAACCUGUUUCUGAUGAUAAAUACGUGGCGACUGUCAGGAGAGUUCUCCUCAUGUAUUAGCAAAUUAGUGUGCCUGGCU